AUGAAGCGCAUACCCAUAUCAAGAUGUGCCUCGCAAUUGCUGGCCCAACCAAUCCCCCGCCGACCCUCGUGCCCAUAUGCCGCGGCGAAGAAUGCUCAAAGAGGCAUUGCACCACAUAGCAACCGCACACACGCCCGCUUUCAAACCACAGUUGCCAUACCACACGAUGGCGAUCUGGAAAUCGAAAUAGCAGCAAAUUCCCCUGCUUCUUCAGCAUCAAAGUCGCGGCCCGCAGGCUUGCAGCCUCUCCCACUUGAGAGCCUUCCCUCCCCACACCCACAUGCUGCCGAGCAUUCGAUAAAACUCCACGCCCUCCGAAGUCGACUAUCACUACCCCCCCGCUUUCCCCUCCAGGCUCUCGCACGAACCCUUGUACAUCCUUCAGCAGACCCGAAUCCUGCCUUCAACAAUGCCUCACUGUCGAUACUCGGACGCCACUUGCUUGGCUACUACACUUCCGAAUGGAUUUUAUGCAACUACCCACGACUUCCAAUGGCUGUUGUUUUUGCUGCAGUCGAAGCAUACAUUGGCCCCAAAGCACUAGCGACCGUUGCACGUGAAUGGGGCAUUGAAGCCGCAGCCGAGCCUGGUGGUGAGGUGGACCCUGGUUUGCUACAGUUCAAGCGGAUACGAUCGGGCGACGAUAUCCCAGCUGCUCUGAGGCGGCAAGCACCUUGGAGCUGGAAUGUCACCACAACACACAAAAUUAUGAAGACGGAUGAAUUUGGCUCGGACAGUGCUGCACCCAGCCCACAUUCCCUGCAAAACACAGGAGUGCCCAUGGAAGACGCAGCACAGUCAUUUGUCCGAGCUCUCUUCGGCGCACUACACCAGCACCUUGGCACGCCUCUUGUUAAGCGCUUUUUCCGCGAUCAUUUCCUCAGCAGGCAUCUUGACAUUAGCACGCUAUUCGAUUUCCGCACACCCACCCGAGAUCUCUCAACGCUGUGCGCACGAGAGGGUUUUGAGCCACCAAUUGCCCGACUUAUUUCCGAGACUGGUCGUCUAAGUAGGCACCCGGUGUUUGUUGUAGGUGUAUACAGUGGCAAGGACAAGCUGGGUGAGGGAGCAGGCAGCUCAUUGAACGAGGCGAGGACAAGAGCAGCGGCAGCAGCAUUGAAGGCGUGGUAUCUGUACAAGCCUGUCGAGGUGACAGUACCGAGUAGCACAGAGGGCGAACUCGACACCAGCAAAUGGCGGCCAAACUACGUCGACUGCGGUGAAGUUAUUGUGUAA